AUGAGCGCGGGGGGCUGCGAGGCGCUGGAGGCGCUGGCGGCGGGCGAGAGCGCGGCCAUCUCGGCGGCGAUGUUCGCGGCGGGCGCGCUGGGCAACGGGGCGGCGCUGGCGCUGCUGGCGCGGGCCGCGGCGUCGGCGGGCGAGGCGGCGGCUUUCCACGUGCUGGUGCGGGCGCUGGUGCUGACCGACCUGGCGGGCACGUGCCUGACCAGCCCCGUGGUGCUGGCGGCCUACGGGCGCGGCCGGACGCUGCUGGCGCUGGGCCCCGACGGCCGCCUGUGCCGCUACUUCGCCUUCGCCAUGAGCUUCUUCGGCCUGGCCACGGUGGGCGGCCUGUGCGCCAUGGCGCUGGAGCGCAGCCUGGCCCUGGGCGCCCCCUACCUCUACCGCCGCCUGCUGCUCGACGGCCGCCGCGCCCUGCUCGCCCUGCCCGCCCUCUACGCCCCCGCCGCCGCCCUCUGCGCCCUGCCCCUGCUCGGCUUCGGCCGCUACGUCCAGUACUGCCCGGGCACCUGGUGCUUCAUCCGCACGCGCUUCGCCGACGGCGCCGCCCCCACGGGCCAGGCCUCCGACGCCGCCUUCUCGCUCCUCUACGCCUCGCUGCUGCUCCUGCUCGUCCUCGCCGUGCUCCUCUGCAACCUCUGCGCCAUCGCCAGCCUCCUCCGCAUGCGCCGCCGGGGCCUCGCGCCCCGACGGCUCGCCCCCGCCGCCGCCCUCGGCCCGCCGCCGCCGCUCCACGCCGCCCGCGGCCCCGGCUCCAUGGCCGAGGAGCUCGACCACCUCAUCCUCCUCGCCUUCAUGACCAUCAUCUUCGCCGUCUGCUCCCUCCCCUUCACGAUCCGCGUCUUCCUGAACAGAUUUACCGGCGACGGGGACUACAAAGAGGACCUUCGUGCCUUGCGCUUCCUCUCCAUCAACUCCAUCAUCGACCCCUGGGUUUUCACCAUCCUGAGACCUCCCGUCCUGCGCCUCCUCCGAUCUGUGUUGUGCUGUCGGAUGCCGCGGAAGCCCCGAAAAAACGGCCGGGAGAGAGCAUCCGUCGCCGCGUCAAAGCCCACCACGCUGACUGAUAUCUGCAAAGAGUAG